GGCUUCUCACCCGGAUGUUGGUCUCACUCGUAACUCACAUGUCGACGAAAACAGAACCGUGCGGCGUCUAAGAUGGAAAUAAAUACGAAGAAAACGAGUUCAAAAGCUUUGCUGACAUGUGGAAACGGAGAAGGUUUCAAUGAGAAGCUUCUCCUCAAGCCGAAGGCGGACAGGUCGCUGCAGACGGAGAGAGUCCCUCGGAGCAGCGUGCUGGAGCGGCUGCAGAGCUUCCUGCCUCAGAUGGCCGAGGCCAACGAGAAGCUGAAGCAGCAGAUGGAGGACGCUCCUGCUGGGUGCUUUGACAUUGAGAGCGUGGAGGAGGCGGAGCGGGUCAUAGAGAUGGACGUAGCGCUGGUGGAGCUCAGCGGCUCGGACGGCGACUCUGAAGACGGAGAGGAGACUUCAGACUCUGACGAGGACUCGGACGAGGAGAUCGUGAUCGCGGAGCCGAACUUUAAAUUCCCCGGAGACAAAGGCAAGAAGAAGAAGAAAGCCAACAUCCAGGUCGUCGAUCCGAAGGGAAAGUAGAAACGUCGACCGCACAGACUUUUUGCUGCGUAUCGAGUUUCUCUGCCGACUGAAGGGACGUGGAUUAAACUUAAACUUUCUCACAGACACCGGGAACAUAACGAUGCUGUGUGGAGACAAACGGAUCCCUCUCAUCGCCAUGGGAACAACAGUGACUAUUAUUACUGAACGUUUCACGGUCAAAGUCGCAGAAGUGCCUUUGGAUCCACAACAGAUGCUUCGAUGACGAUCAGCUGAUGGGAGCUUCUCGUCACAUCUGAUGUGUGCACAGGACGCCAUGUUUCCAUCAGCUUGAUAUCAGCUUAGACGAAAAGCUUCUUCUUCUCUCAUACGGCUCAGUAGAUUUUUAUUUUCAGGUGAAACACAGGUCACCAGAGAAGCAGAGUGUUAUAUGUUGUGGAAAUAAAAAUAAAUCCCCUGUAGAGACACACUGCUUCAUUUAAACACCUGACGUUUCUGGUAUUUCUAAACUUGGACCCUAAAUGACCAUGAGGGACAAAACGCCUUUUGUAUCGCUUCAGUCAGCAGCGUUGAAACGACAGGCUGGAACGGCUGCCACACAAUCACAAGGUCACACUGCACGCAAUGGACGUCGGUCCUCAAACAGUUCAUACUUUUGGUGCGUUCCAUUCACCUCGGAAAUCAGAUCUCAGAGCUAGGAAUGAUGUCACACCCGCGCUAACGACGUUCCAGUCGAUCAAGCAACAUGGAGGCCUCCCGGAUUAAAUUUGUUGUUCUGAAUGAUUUAAUUAAACAGGACUAAGUUGCUAGUAAACACAAUGGUUACAGAUUAAACUUUACUGCUGAUGCACGUAGCAGCCAUGUUGGAUUUUAGCUCGGGCUGUUGAAGGUUCUCCGAGGUUACAAAGUCGGAAUUCCGACUUCAGGGGGGCGUUCCUUUUGACACAUCAGACCGGCAACUCUGAAUUUCCGAUUUCUGAGAUCAAGUGGAACAUCUGGUCACUGACAGGAUCAGAUGUUAUACUAAGUGUCUGAUCAUAUUACAGAAAGGAUCCCGACAGAGAAGGACCUGCAUGUUAAAGACUCACAGGGAUUUUUAUGCAGCUCUCCGUAAAGACGCCAGACUCCACUGACCAAAACAGCUAUUUUACGUCGCAGAUCACGAGAGCUGCUGGUGGAUCAUGGCCUUGAACAAUGAGAUUUUUUUGGGACUUCGUGUAACUUUGGUGUUUUCCCAGAUGGUCAGAAAGCAUGUGUUCUUUUCUUCAAGAUAAAUUGACUGUUUUUGUCAAUGGAGUCUGGUGGCUUUUAAGAGAGUGAUGUAUAUUUUAAGUUGGGGAAAAAAAGCAUCUGUCUCUUUAACAAAUAGGUCUGUCUCUGAAGUGUUUGCAUCCAUUACAGCUUCGAGCUGAAGCGACCUGCAGAAGCAGAAAUGAGUUAAGUCGAGACCGGCUCUGAGUCUGGAGCACUCUGCUUGUGGCUGUGCCUUGUCUGCCACGUGACCUGAUCUGUACUCGUUAUUAACGUUGAUGCAGAAAGACGGAUUGUGCAAUUUAAGAUGCAACAUAUAUUUAACAGAUUAAACGAUUUCCCUCCAGGACCAAGAUCAUUAUUUUUUUCUAGAAACUAAAAUCUUCCAUCAGUCGGUUUAUAUUGGCCUUUUUGUUCCUUUCAUUUUUUGUGAGCUUCUUAUCUAUGAAUAUUAUGUUGAAGGUAAUCAUACAAUAAAUAUAAAUAAGUUUGUUCCA